GGCGGGGCCUGCGCGAGUGUUAGGUUAGCGCGAGGCGUGACCUAGUUGACAGGCUCUGAGGUGCUGCUGUGGCGGCGGCCGCGGGGCUGAGGCGAGUGGGAGCCGAAGCCUAGCGAGGGCAGAGGGAGGAGGGCUGCGACCAGAGAGCGGAGAACGGCGCGGGACGCGGAGCCUCUCGCACUUUUUCCCUCUCGAGUGCCUCCUCCCACCCCUCCCACUCCACACACACCCUGUUUGCCCGUGAGCCUGGGGAACUUGCAGCUUAAAGCCAGCCACCCCCACGGCAACAUGUAUCCCAGCAACAAGAAGAAAAGGGUGUGGAGAGAGGAAAAAGAACGUUUACUGAAGAUGACCUUAGAGGAGAGACGCAAAGAAUACAUAAGGGACUAUGUUCCCCUGAACACCAUCCUGUCGUGGAAGGAGGAGAUGAAGUGCAAGAGCCAAAAUGACGAAAAUACUCAGGAAGCAUCCCAGGUGAAGAAGAGUUUGAGUGAAAAAGUUUCUCUCUAUAGAGGUGACAUCACAUUGCUAGAGGUAGAUGCUAUAGUCAAUGCUGCAAAUGCCAGUCUUCUUGGAGGAGGAGGUGUGGAUGGCUGCAUUCACAGAGCAGCUGGCCCCUGUUUGCUAGCUGAGUGUCGUAACCUGAAUGGCUGUGAUACCGGACAUGCAAAAAUCACAUGUGGCUAUGACCUGCCUGCAAAAUAUGUCAUCCAUACCGUAGGGCCAAUAGCCAGAGGCCAUAUUAAUGGUUCCCACAAGGACGACCUUGCCAAUUGCUAUAAAUCAUCUCUAAAGCUGGUGAAAGAAAAUAACGUCCGAUCGGUUGCAUUUCCCUGCAUCUCUACAGGCAUUUAUGGUUUCCCUAAUGAGCCUGCUGCAGUCAUUGCCCUCAGCACCAUCAAGGAAUGGCUGGCCAAGGAUCAUCAUGAGGUGGAUCGGAUCAUCUUCUGUGUCUUCUUAGAAGUUGACUUCAAAAUCUACAAAAAGAAAAUGAGUGAGUUUUUCCCUGUAGAUGGUAAUAAAGAAGAAGAUGUUGACAUGAAAGAAGAUUCAGAUGAGAAUGGUCCAGAGGAAAAGCAAAGUGCUGAAGAUGUGGAAGGGCAUAGCCAAGAAGCAGACGGAGUCAGUGCCGCUGCUGUGCCCAGCCCUGCUUCAGAAGAGGCAGCUGAAGUCUGUAAAGAUCAAGACUCUGCAAAGGAUGACAGUGUUACAAAAGAGAGUGAAGUCACAGAUCAUUCUGUGGGUGACCAAGAUCAUCCCAAUGGACAAGAGAAUGACUCAAUGAAGAAUGAAAUAAAAAUUGAGGCUGAGCCCCAGAUCUCAUAUAUGGAAACAGAAGAGCUUUCAUCAAACCAAGAUGCCACCACUGUGGAAAAACCAGAAGUGAUUCCACUAACAAAUGACCAAGAAGAAAAAGACGGCGGAAAGGCUCAAGGCGAGGACCCGCCUGGAGUUCCUGUGAAAAGUGAAGACUGUGGUGACACAGAAAAUUCUCCAAGUCCUGAUGUUGAAAUGAAUAGUCAGGUUGACAUUGUAAAUGACCCAACAGAGAUUCAGCAAGAAGAUUAACUAAUAGCAGGGGCACAAGAUGAAGCAAAGGAACACAGAAUUGGCAGCAAAUGACAGUCCUCCGUGUCGCAGGUCUCGCCCAGACCUAGGGGGUGGAAGACAGCCCCCUGUGCUGUGGAGUAGGGGGUGGGGGGUAGGCAAGUCCCACAGAAGGCCAGUGAAUCCUUUGCUUUAAUUUCUCCAGUUGCAUUUUGUUCUGUUUACCUGCAAAAAAAGAAAGAAAGAAAAAAAAAAAGAAGUAUCUUUUAAUUUGGGGAGGGGACCCCCGUCAAUGCAUCUCUCAGAUGCUAUCCCAGUAACUUCUGUCUUUUUCUCACAACUUGGCCCCAGGGUCACAGUGACAUAUGUCCCACUCACAUGCGUAGCCUGGCCCCUGUCUGCUUUCUCAGUUAUUUCACAAAGCUGGUCGAUACCAGUGGUAUCUUCAAAGAAGGAGAUGGAAGAUGACUGGUAAACCUCAGGCUAAAUUUCAGGAGUCAUCAAGCCCAGUACCUUUACACUCCACAGACAAAGGAGGCGGGAUAGAAAAAUGGAAAAACCCUUGGAAAUCACUUGGAUAGUGGUCAGGACGUUGAAUGGAACAUGACAUUUGAUUUAGGGAUUCUCAAGGUACAGUUUUGUUUUCCACACAGUUUGUGAGGGGCAUGGAAGCAGAAUUUAAGCCAGGGCAGAGCUCAAAGGCAUAGCAAGGAGGCCAGGCCCUGGGAGCCGUGGGGGGCUCUUCUGCCCGGGAGGCGGUGCUGCCUGACACUGACUCUGAGCACAGCUCAUCUGGUUCAUGAGGUCUUUACUGUGCACUUCAGCAUGGAGCUCACCAGUGACGUGGGACUCUGCAACACAACUGUAAGGGGUGGAACUUUUCUAGGUGUUUCAGUUGAGAGGAGGCUGUUGCAUUCAGGAUCCAAACAUAUGCCUAUGAAUAUUAACAGUUCCACUUGAAAUCUCUCUAUUUAUGCCUUUCAUAAAAGAACAUCCUGUCUUUACCCAAGGUUUGAUGACCCACAGAGCAGAUUCUCAUUUGAAAUUAGAGGCAGUUAGAGGUCUUGCUUGCAAUUCUGGCUUCCUGGUUUGCUUUUAAAUGCCUUCCCGGUUUAUUUCCUGCCAAGUUGAUGACUAAUUUGAUAGCUGGUUCCCUCUCCCAGCAAACCAUUGAUUAUGGUCUUAAAGCAGUGAAAAUACCGGUGGUGCAGUGGGCCCAUGGGGUGAAAGGCCCAGGAGAAAGUCAGAAGUCGUCACAGAGCCAACACAAACAAUGACCCUCAGUAGGCAGAUGCCUCCUUCCCACAGCCUCCCUGGGUUCUCAGGCCAGUCUUUUUUCUUUUUUCUGUGGAAAUUGAUAUCAUUUUUUGCAUAUCUUCUUAAAUCCAUCUUUCUUAUAAAGGAUUUAGAACUGUAAGUUAUUUAUAUAUUUUUUAUUAGUAGAAAGAGAAAAAGGAAUGGGACAAACUGAGUAUUCUGAAAACAAAAGGAUAUUCUGCUUUCUAAAUAUUUCAUGGAGUUCUUAAGUUUUAUUCUUUCCUUCAUGGAAAAUACACUUUCUUAUCCUCCUAUGAACUUUGUUUUGGCUUUCGGAAUUUGUUGCCCCUAUGGAUGGCUUAUUUGGUAUAUUGAAAUAAUUAGCAAGUUGUACUUCUAAAUAUGCAAUGUAUUUUAACAUCCUGAACUUUUUUCUCUUUAAAGCUGAUCACCAACCUAGCAGCCAUGAUAUUUAUUUGACCUUGUGAUUUUGGAACAUGGCCACUUCUUCUUCUGUCAUAUGGAAACUUACUCAUCCUCUACUGCCCUGAGACACUACUUUCUAGAAAAACAAGGAAAAGUCUCAUUUUAAAUAAUCCAAGGAAUUAUGCCAUACAAAUACAGAUAGUUUCUCUAUUUUGUGUCAUUUUUUAUGACUUAAUUGAAAGUCACCAUCAUUCUUGUGAAGCACUUGAUAAACACGACUUGCCUGGAGCACAUUUUCUGUGACUCCCAAAUGUUAGCGCCACUCGCGCCCAGCAAUGAAUACAGUUGUAAACAACAUGAGGGAGACAAGGGGGAUGGAGAUAUUUUUAAUGGACAAAGAUGAAAGAGAUCUAAUGUGCCUGCUAGGAGCAGUAGGAAUUUGAAAUUAUUUCAGUCCUGGUGUUUUCUUUAUCAUCAGUGAGAGACAUGUUAUCCCUUUAUUUUAAAUGCGGGUGGGGUAGGAACAGGAGGGAGGUCUCUGCCUGAAACUGCAGAAAGAGAAAGCAAGCUUCGUAUCCAAAGCAAAUGAGGAGUAAAUAUCAUCAGCGCUACUCCUGAAUUUAAUUUUGUGAUUAGAUUGUGUUUUUAUUUUUGCCUCAUUAUGCCUUUUGGUUGCUAUUUGGCUAUGAGAUUUUAUGCUUUAAAACAAAUACCGAAGUUAAUUCCCAUUUCAAUAGUAAAAUGUUAAAAAAUGUAAUGAUUGGCCAGAUCAAAGACACCUCAACACAGGAAACGUUUAUCUAGCCAGUGAUGUCAUUGCACAGGCUGUACACUGGAAAAUUUAAAAGGCUGGUUGAUUACCCUGAACAUGAAUUCUGGAUGUCAAUUUCCAUCCACCUUUAGCCAGGCUGUGUGGCAUGAGGGGUUACAGGAGGGAGGGGGGGAAAAUACUCCCAAAUUAGUCUUUUUUUGCAAGCAGAAGGUCAAAGUAGGCUUUCAACAUGAUGCAGGUGUCCACUGCUUUUUGAAAGUCCAUGUUAUGCCACUUUGCUUUUCCAAAAGACCUUCAUUAGUACCUGUUGUUGUUACCUGAAAGAAAUCGGAAGAGGAUUUUUGCUUUUAUGGAAGAAGGUGAUAAGCAAAACCAGCAUUCAGCAUUUGUUUUGCAGUGAGCUGUCAUAGAAGUGGGGGGCUCCCCAAACAGUGAGAGUGACCCCACCAAGUUCCUUUCCCAGGAACCACACUCCAUGUUUGAGCAUCAAGCCACCAUGGCUUUGAAGUGUGUCUGUGAGCAUCUGCGUUUCUCUUGAUUUAUUUUUUGCAUUGGUUAGCAAGAUGUGUUCUAAGGUACCAGAAGAGCUUAAGAGAGGCUAUUUUUGGGGUGUAGGAAUGCUCAAAAAUUUUUCCACUUAAAUUAAUGGUAAUUGCUUCUUUGCUUCAUGCCCUUUCAGCUUAUGAAAGAUUUCAUAGGAACGCUCUGCUUUUGGAUAGCAGAGGAAACGUGUAGCUCUAAUUUAAAAGGUACUUCUAGGAGAGACUGGGGGCUUUUCCUCUAGCUGGUAGCUAUUCAGAUGAUGGACAAGCCUUCUUUCAUAAAAGCAUACAAAGGAGGCAUCCAAAACACUGUCUGUGAUAGUGGGUCACAUAUUAGUCACCGCAGCUAAUUGUAAAUCUUUCUAUGAGAUACUGAAAAGCCUCUUUGUGAAUUAAUACAGUUCUGCUCAAUGCACUUGAUUUGAAGUGACAUUUUUCUGUUUGUGGUGCAUGUCAGCUUUGCUUUGAAAAAUAACCAUUAGCAGAAUAUGUUCACUAUAUUUUCUUGGGGAAUUGGGUUUUUAUCAUAUGACUCAUUAAGGAUUUGCCUUACCCUGACAUUUGUGAUAUAAAGGAAAAACAGAAAAAAAAAGUAAUUUUCUUGAUCAAGAUACAUUUCUACUUAAUGCAAAUAAAUGUAGUCUGUUGCUUGCAAGGGGAAAAAAUUGUCUCCUGAUAUCUGGUAUAAGAUGCUAAAUAGAAUAAUAUGUGCCUCUUUUGUUAAACCAGCAUUUAAUUGCUGGGCUGCUUCUAAAUCUGUUUGUUUCUUUUCAUCUGUGCCAUACACUAAGAAACUUAAACAACUGUUGCCUUCAUACUAUAUUUGUUAGAUCAGAAUACAAAUAAAAUUUGUUUGACAGUAUAAGGUAGAAUUAUCUGUGUUCUGUGAAAUUUGUUCCUUAGCCAUGAGCAAUUAAUAACCCAAAGUGUUCAUUUACUACCAUAUAUUUAGUUGCAAUAUGUGUAUUUAAAAUUAUUUUUAUAUGUCAACUUCAAUUUACCAAUAGUCUUCCCUUACUAAGACUAGUCAAUGGUUUGAUCAUGUUUUCCAAGAUUAAACUACAGCGUAGUUUGUAUGGAGACAAAUCCCAAUGUAUACUUUUUAUCUGAAAACUAGGUAGCUAAUUAUUCUAGCAACAGUCUUUAAGGUGCAAGAUAAAAGUUGUUGAGAUGAAACCAAUGGUUCCACGAACAUUGGUUCAUCCUUUGGGACCCAUCAUCCAUUGCUGGAAUUCAUUCUGCGCAUCUUUAUGAGCCAGUCACUGUGCUGGCUGUGUGAUCACCACGGCAAUGAUCCUCAGUCUAUUGUUGAUGGAAUUAU